UUUAUCUCUAUAAAAACCCAUUUUGCCUAUAUUUGAUUUCCACAGCUAAAAGCUAAAAAUCAUCAAAUACUCUUGAUUGCCAUGGCUUUCAUGGCUGCAUUCAUGAAUUUGAUUAUUAUGUUUUCAAUAGUUUCUCCUUGCAAGUCACUGAGUUUAAACUACUAUAAAAAGACAUGCCCCGAUCUGGAGUUCAUUGUUGCCAAGGCAGUGAAGGAUGCCACUGCAAGGGACAAAACAGUUCCUGCAGCACUUCUGCGAAUGCACUUCCAUGACUGUUUCAUUCGGGGGUGUGAUGCUUCGGUGCUGCUAAAUUCAAAAGGAAACAACAAAGCAGAAAAGGACGGACCACCAAAUGUUUCUUUGCAUGCAUUUUAUGUCAUUAAUGAAGCAAAGAAAGCCGUAGAAGCUUCAUGCCCUGGGGCGGUCUCUUGUGCUGAUAUCAUUGCUUUAGCAGCAAGGGAUGCAGUUUUUCUGUCUGGUGGACCUAGAUGGGAUGUUCCUAAAGGAAGAAAGGAUGGAAGAACAUCUAAGGCCAGUGAAACCAUAAAAUUACCAGGGCCAAACUUCAACAUAUCACAACUGCACAAGAGCUUCUCUCAAAGAGGAUUGUCAGUGAAAGACCUGGUAGCUCUGUCAGGAGGGCAUACUUUAGGUUUCUCUCACUGCUCAUCUUUCCAGAACAGAAUCCACAACUUUGAUGCUACACAUGAUGUAGACCCUUCGUUAAAUCCGUCAUUUGCAGCAAAACUGAAAUCAAUUUGUCCACUAAAAAAUAAAGCCAAAAAUGCAGGCACCACUAUGGACCCUUCUUCAAUAACUUUUGAUAAUACAUAUUACAAGUUGAUCCUCCAAGGGAAAGGCCUGUUUUCUUCUGAUCAAGCUUUGCUUGAUAGCCCAUACACUAAGCAUCUGGUUUCUAAGUUUGCCACCUCACGAGAGGCUUUUUAUGAGGCUUUUGGGAAGUCCAUGAUCAAAAUGGGUAGCAUCAAUGGUGGGCAAGAGGUUAGGAAGGACUGCAGAGUGACUAAUUAAGAAGUCUUAAUUUAAUUCAAGUUAAAUUAUGAUCUUCCAAACAAGUUAGAAGUUUGACAA